AUGUCGCCGUCUGGAGCGCAGACCAAAUGUCCAGCCGGUGGUUUGUCAUCGUUCGUAUUUUGCAUCUCGCAAAGCGCGGGAUGGACGUGGGAGCUGACGCAUGGGGGCACUCUGGGGUUACGAGUGUUGGAUGCAUGCAACCUUGUUCAACUACGCACAUUUGGCUAUAUGUCUAGUUCGAGCCCACGCCUUUUGUCAGGCGAGCAAGCCACCGGUGCCGUCUACAUGAUGCUGAUCGCUCACCUACCGCCCAUCCCGGUACCCAAUACCCAAGACUCGCCUCCCGCAGCGCAUUAUUGGGCUCCUGUCAAGUCCAUCCACCUGCCGCUCUGGUACCUGGAUGCUUCAAGCCAAGUCCCCUCGGCUGGCCAAUGCCCAAACGAGGCCCAAAUGAGCCUGCGUCACAGCCACUGA